AUGGCUAACACAAUGAAGUUAGUGAGACCCACAGCAGUCAAAGGACCAACAGUCAGAGUGGCGCUGAUUUUAGUUAAAAAGUAAGGGGAUUGUGAUGAUUUAUAGGAAGGGAGCAAGAAGACAGAGGGGGCGAAAAAGAAAAUCAAUAAGGAGCAAGGGUAAAUUGGGAUGAAGAAUCAAGGUCAUUGGACUAGUCAGGAACAUCAAAUAUACGUAGAGUUCUUGGAGUAGCACCACAGCACGUCGAUGUAGAGUCAAUAAAAUCGAAAGAAUAACAAAAUCUUCAAACUGAUGUCACUAACAAUAGGAACCAGAUCUCCGUCGUAGUGUAGAUCUCACCACCAGAAAUUCAAUCCUUAUACAGCAGCAGGGCAAAAGAGGAACAAGAGAAACAGAAGGAGAAUGGGCAAUUAAAAUGCAGACGGGGAGAUACUGUUAAACAUGACAGCCAAACCAGUGGUGCAAUACAAUACUCCAACGGUAAAACCCAUUUUAGAUCAAUGCUAUGAUGAGUGUGAUGAUUACAUUUCAAACUAUGAGGAUUCGCGUCCUUAGUUAAAAAACUUUUGCUGCAACUCCAACAUCGAUAACGAAUACGGGAACAGAUGGGAUCGUGAUUAGUACCUUUAUUGAAUGGAGUCAGCAUAACAUAUUCGAUUUGUUUAUAAAAUUAUAAUAAAACAAACAAUA